CUUAUUUUUAUUAUUGCUUUUUUCUCAUUCUUAAUAUUUAUAUCAAUUUUUAAUUGUGCAUUUAAGAUCAAUUACUGAAUCUUUACUGCUAUUUUACUGUCUUUGCACCCUUUAAUCUUCCGUUAGUUCCGUCAAAUCUGGCUAAUUCUUCUUUAGUUAAUAUUUAUGUGCGAUUCAGCGAUUUUGUAAUUUUGCGUUUAAUAUUAUCUGCAAGUUCGAUUUAAUUCUAUUUUGAAAUUUCCUUAGGGUUUAGGUUUUCUUACCACACAGUAAAUUGAAAAGAUCUUGAACGAAUUUUCUUUCCCAUUCGGAUAUGAACGUAGUUUUAGCCUUUGUUUUCAGUCAGAUUUACUUCAAUUUUAGAGGGGUCUAAACAAAAACGAAAAUUUUCCUAGAUUCUUCAAAUUUCAAACCCUAAUGGCUUCGAUUCGAUUGGAUGCAUCGAAACAGUACUAUGCAACCAGCAGUCUUGUAGUGGGCUAUGCUUUGUGUUCUAGCUUGCUUGCUGUGAUCAACAAGUUUGCUAUUACCAAAUUUAAUUAUCCUGGACUUCUCACAGCUCUGCAGUACUUAACUUCAGCUCUUGGUGUGUGGAUCCUUGGGAAACUCGGGUUCUUGCACCACGACGCGUUCAACCUUGAAACCGCCAAGAAAUUUCUUCCGGCAGCCUUUGUUUUUUACUUGGCCAUUUUCACUAAUACAAAUCUGUUGCGCCAUGCUAAUGUGGAUACAUUCAUAGUGUUCAGAUCCCUGACGCCCCUUCUGGUUGCAGUAGCUGAUACUGCAUUCAGGAAGCAGCCGUGCCCUUCCAAAUUGACAUUCUUGUCCUUGGUGAUCAUUUUGAGUGGUGCGGUUGGGUAUGUUGCGACGGACUCUGAUUUUACACUGACUGCUUACUCAUGGGCUUUUGCAUACUUGGUAACAAUCACAACAGAGAUGGUUUACAUCAAGCACAUGGUGACCAAUCUUGGGUUGAACACUUGGGGAUUUGUGUACUAUAACAAUCUUCUGUCAUUGAUGAUGGCACCCGUCUUUUGGAUUAUAACGGGGGAGUAUGCUGACGUGUUUGCAGCCAUGGGAUAUUCAAGUGGGAGGAAUUUAUUCGAACCAGUUGCAUUUUCUGCGGUGUCCUUGUCUUGUCUGUUUGGUUUGCUGAUUAGUUUCUUUGGUUUUGCAUGUAGGAAGGCCAUUUCUGCAACUGCAUUUACAGUGACUGGAGUAGUGAAUAAGUUUUUGACUGUUGCGAUCAAUGUGUUGAUUUGGGAUAAGCAUGCUAGUCCAUUUGGUUUGGUUUGUCUGCUGUUAACUAUUGCCGGAGGGGUUCUCUAUCAGCAGUCAGUUACUGGAGCUGGCAAUGCUUCAAACCAGCGCGAGUCUGCAGCAUUGAAGCAGAUGGAAACUGAGAAUGAAGAUGAAGGUUUUGCAGGCGAGGAUGAAGGAAAAGGCAUUUCUGGUAAAUUUUCUGGCGUAUGAUCUUUUCUUGCUCUGGCUGCUGAUGGAUAGGCUACUUAAUCAAAUAUUCAUGCACAUGGCUAGUGAUUAUGAAACUUACAUGUAUUUUCUCUAAAUUUCGAUAAGUAUUAAAUAGUUUUUCGGUUUAGCAUAACUGCUUCAGAUGAACAUUAUGGGGGUAUGAAGGUAAUGCUUUCCCUCACUCGUGGUCCAAUGAUGCAUGGAGAAUGAUAUUGACCUGGUUUAUUUCUGAUACAUUGGUCUCUUUUUGCCCA